CCACGCGCCGAGCAUCAUCGUCAUCAUCACCAUGCCUCGAGGAUUCUUGGUGAAGAGAAACCGGCGAUGUUCGGCGUCAUACCGCUCUCGAAAUAACAGUAACAACAAACCGGUAACGUAUGACAGCGACAGGAACAACUGUGACAACUUUGAAGAGACAAAACCGGAGGCGGCGAAGGAGAACAAUGUGUUGAACGUUUUCUCUUUUGAACGGUCGGACGGACUACCUCCGGUGUCCCGUGAAGACUCCGCUGGUGUCAGAGAGCCGUGGAGCCCGCACGUGGAAUCAGCGUUGGAGGCAGAGGCUGACCGGCGCGCGCAAUUACCGGAGACCGAGGAGCAGGUGAGCGAGGUGGACGUUUUGACUCCCGAUAGUGAUUUCUCCUGCUUCCUCCCACCUCCCCCUAUACCGCCACGCGACCUGACACUAACAGACUCCUGCAGCCCCGUUAAACCAGUCGGCACGAGACUGCUGGAACACCACGAGGACGGAGAGAAGCAGCCGCUUUUCCCCGGUCAGUGCCUGACAUCAUCUCCUGUGUCGGAGUUACCGGAGCUUCCGUUCCUGGUGAGCUCCACGCCGACAUCGGUGUCCGCGUCUAUCGAGAGGCUCCUCGCGGGCAGCAGCCACCACGCGCCGUCUUACAAUAAUAAAUAUGACCCGAAUAUGGGUCACGCGCACCUGUUCCCGCCGCUGACACUGAUGAACCAGGAACACGCGGCGAGGAAACGCUCCUUCCUCGAGCAGGAUCAACGCUUGAACAGCAACAGACACAACAAGCAGCACGUGGGAAACCCGACAAAGAAGCCCAAAAUCAACCGGAAGCUUAACUUCGAGGAUGAGGUCACGACUUCGCCGGUUUUGGGUCUGCGGAUCAAGAAGGAGAGCCCCGAGCUGAGGAGGCAGCGCGAGAAAUCGUCCGUUAUGAGCGGAAAUCAGCCGCUGGGAGAGUUCAUCUGUCAACUGUGUAAAGAGGAGUACCCCGACCCGUUCUCCCUCGCGCAGCACAAGUGCUCCCGCAUAGUGCGCGUGGAGUACCGGUGUCCCGAGUGCGACAAAGUCUUCAGCUGUCCCGCUAACUUGGCAUCCCAUCGCCGCUGGCACAAACCGCGUCCGGUAAAUAACCAAGCAGGAGAGACUCAGACAAACAAGAGCCAGCCGUUAAAAGAGGCGCGAGGGCUCAUUCAGCACGAGAGGCAGCCGGUGGAGAUGGAGGGCAAAGAGAACGAGCUACUGCGCAUCAACACUAAUCAGCACCACGGAGCGCUGGACAGCUCCCGCAUCAGGCGCGAGCAGUCCCUGCUGCUGCUCCACGACCGCUCGCGGGACGGCCCCGACAGUGACAGCCUCGCGCCUCCUCACUAUGACUCCCCGCUUCAUUACCGGAACCCGGUGGAGAGCUGUUUAGACCUGCAGCAGGUGAGAGCAGCGGACAGUCCUCCCUCGAGCCUCCUUCUAUUAAACCCAGACGAGCGCGCGGACCUGCCGCAGCAGCAGCGACCGUCACUCCCGCACCCCUCUCUACCGUUCGUCCAGUCCUUACCGGAGGACGAAGUGUAUGAGUGCAGAUACUGCGGGAAGAAAUUCCGCCGACAAGCGUAUCUGAGAAAACACCUGGCCGCGCACGAGAUGACACCGCACGCAUCUCCGCCCCCAGCAUCAUAUGGCCAGGCGCGCGAGAGCAGUGGAGGACAGAGCCAGGUGUUUCUGUGUCACCUGUGCGGCGCGCGCUUCCCGUCAGUUGAAAUCAGAGAUAAACACCGUCUGUGGCACGCGAUGAGGGACGAGUUACUGGCGGGAACUCUGGGAGGAGGACUCAGACCGGACGUGUUCCACGCGCAAGGAGACGAGAGCGGCAAAGGGGAGUGCGGACAGCAGCAGCAAAUCUACACGUGCAAGCACUGUCCGUCCACAUUCUUCAGCUCCCCGGGGCUCGCUAGACACAUUAGCAAAUCUCAUCCCAACGAGAACCGGCAGGUCAUGCUACUGCAGAUGACCGUGCGACCGUAAAACGCGCGCGAGACACGGACAGAGUCAAACAAGCCAACAGAAAAUUUGGAAAAAUGAUCAUUGUUAUUAUU